CGGGGCUUCGUCGGGGGGGCGGGGCCGCGGCGGUCCUGGCGGCGGGUGCCCGCGGUGCUGCUCGCCGCCAGCAUGGAGACCCCGACCCGCACCGAGAGCUCCCGCCUGGUCAGCCCACGGGGCGGUCGCGCCGAAGGCAGCCUGCGCCUCAAGAGUCUGUUUGCAGGCUCCCCGGACUCCCUGGCACAGCCGGGCCCUCCGGCUCUGGCUCCCCACUGCCGCUGCAGCCCCCAUGCCCCCAGCCCUGGUCGGGGCAGGCUCCAGGCCCGCCGGCAGCUGAGUGUCGCCUGCAGCGUCUGCUGCAUCUUCAUGAUCGGAGAGGUGAUAGGCGGGUACCUGGCACACAGCCUGGCCAUCAUGACGGACGCAGCCCACCUGCUGACAGACAUAGGCAGCAUGUCCGUCAGCCUCUUCUCCCUCUGGGUCUCUACUCGCCCACCCACCAAGACCAUGAACUUUGGCUGGCACCGCUCAGAGACACUGGGUGCGCUGGCCUCUGUCCUCUCCAUAUGGGUUGUGACCGGGGCCCUUGUCUACCUGGCAGCUGCCCGCAUCAUCAGCAAUGACUACGAGAUUGAGGCACGAGCCAUGCUGGCUACAUCUGCCAGCGCCGUCGGCGUCAACUUGGUCAUGGCCUAUAUCCUGCACCAGUCUCCUGUCAGCCAUGGCCACGGCCAUGGCACAGGGGGCUAUGAGCAGCUGGAGAGCAUUGGGGGCUGCCUGCCCAGCCAUGCCCCCCUGCCUGGAAGCACCAGCGUUCGUGCAGCCUUCGUCCACGUGGUGGGUGACCUGCUGCAGAGCAUCAGCGUCCUUGUGGCUGCCACCAUCAUCUACUUCAAGGUGCCCAGGCUGGACUUGCCUCUACUGCCUGUGGGAACAGCUCCCUCAGCCCCACACCUGGGUGCCCAGCUCUGGCCCAGAGCCUCACCCAGACCCCGCUCUCUGCAGCCCCAGUGCAAGAUUGCAGACCCCAUCAGCACUCUCUUCUUCUCAGUCUUUGUCCUUGGCUCCACCUUCACCAUCCUCAGGGAUGUCUUUAGAGUCCUCAUGGAAGGGACACCACGGGACCUCGAGUUUGAUGCAGUGAAGGAGAUGCUGCUGGCGGUGAAUGGGGUCAAGGGUGUCCAUGACCUGCAUCUCUGGGCCCUGACGCUGAGCCACCAUGCCAUGUCAGUGCAUGUGGCUGUUGACCCCAGCGCUGACCCCGAGAUGGUGCUGCACGAAGCCACCACCCAGCUGCAGAGCAGGUUUGGCUUUGCAUCAUGCACGGUGCAAGUGGAGCGGUACCAGGAGGAGAUGGGGGGCUGCCAGCACUGCCAAGACCCCUGCGCCUGAUGCCUUUGUGCCCGAGACCCCCGCCUGCUGCAGAGCUGGGUCAGGCCUGGCCCCAGCCCCACACCCUAGGAGCUGCCCCUGGAGCAGGGGGUGCAGCACUCGGGCUCCUGUCCGUGUUGCACCCACAGAGCCCUGGGGUGGGACAGUGCUCCUGUGUGCAGGGUCCUAGGGGAGACACACGGCCUGGCCCCCCCCAGCACAGGGGCUUCCCCAGGAUCCUCCAACCCCAGCUGUGCUGGCAGCAGCCCCAAAAGAAGAGGAUCCUGCUCCAUCACCUCCCCCUGGAGCCCCGUUUUACACAGCGGGAGCAAGGACAGGCAGGGAUAUCCCCUAGGGGAGCAGUGGAAGCAGCCACACCUGCCUCUC